AUGCCCUCUCCGGAACAACCACGACGGCGUCGUGGGCCACCUAGCAAACAAGCAACGUCAGAAGACGAAGAUAUGCCACCUAGAGCACUGGCGACCUCACUGGAAAGCAUCACCAUACAGCCACGGACUCCCAAAACGCCACGAAGCGUCCAUCAACGAUGGAAUUCUGUGGACGUGAGUGCCGUGGACGAAGUGGAGCUCAGCCUUCUGCAAGAGGACGAACGGAGAGAGGCGGAAGCGGGCCUCUUUGACGGAGAUGAAGAGGAGCGCGAUCGGACGGCGGUCAAGCGACCAAUGUCGACGCGGGACAAAAAAGCGAUUGUCCUACUCAUCGUUCUUUAUUUAAUACAAGGGUUUCCGUUGGGACUAGCCUUAGGUUCCCUCCCAUUCCUUCUUAGAGAACAUCUAUCUUAUUCGCAGCUGGCUAUUUUCUCACUCUCGAGUUAUCCAUAUUCGCUCAAGCUUUUAUGGUCCCCCAUCGUUGACUCUGUGUACUUUCGCUCCGUUGGACGCCGAAAAUCAUGGAUCAUUCCUAUGCAACUGUUGGUUGGCACCAUCAUGGUUGCACUGUCUUUCCGUGCGGAUGAGAUGAUGAACAAGCCUGAUGAGUACAUUCAUGUACUGACAGCGGCGUUCACCGGUUUGGUUCUGUUGUCUGCUACCCAAGAUAUUGCCGUUGACGGCUGGGCUCUCACUCUUCUAUCUGAAGAAAACUUACCUUACGCAUCGACAUCCCAGACUAUUGGGCUAAACACCGGAUAUUUGAUGUCCUACACAGUCUUUUUAGCUUUUAAUAGCGAGGCCUUCGCCGCAAAAUGGGGAGUUCCCAGGUUAACGUUAGGCGGAUAUCUGCUUUUCUGCGGCGUUAUGUCAUAUGCUGUGACUGUAUGGAUACUCUUCAAAAAAGAGGACAAAGAAACCACGGAUGUGGACAUUAGUAUCAAGUCCGUCUACAUGACGAUGUGGACUAUUUGUAAAUUGAAACAUGUACAAACGCUCCUUAUCGUACAUCUCUUUGCCAAGAUUGCCUUCCAAGCGCACGAUGCUGCUACAUCGCUCAAGAUGGUAGAGAAAGGCCUUGGACGAGAAGAUUUGGCCAUGGUUGUCCUGAUAGAUUUUCCUUUCCAAAUAUUCAGUGGCUGGCUAGCCGGAAGAUGGUCUAGAGGAGACAAGCCUCUCCGCCCUUGGAUUUACGCUUACUGGCCGCGAUUGGCGCUAACUGCCAUAGCGGGUCUGAUGGUAUACUACUUCCCGAAGCCUCCAAUUGCGACAUGGUUCUUCGUCCUAAUCGUAAUACAGGCCGUCACUUCAUCAUUCGCCGCGUAA